CGGUGCUGGGCCCCGGCGAUGGAGCGGCCGGUGAGCGCAGCCAUGGCCGAGAAGCAGAGCCCGCUGGACUACGGCGUCCAGAUCCGCUUCAUUAAGGACCUGCAGGAGCCCCAGAAGCAGCCGAAGGUGCGAGCCAAGGGGGGCAAGCCGGGCUCGUACGGCGUGGCCGUGCGCGUGCAGGGCAUCGCCGGGCAGCCCUUCGUGGUCCUCAACAGCGGCGAGAAGGGCAGCGACUCCUUCGGGGUGCAGAUCAAGAGCGAGGGCGCCUUYGGUCCCAGCCCUGGCGGCGCCCGGCGGCCCCCGGACCCUCCCUCGGGCUCCGCRAGCUCUGACUCGGACCUGCCAGAGAACCCGUACGCGGCGCGGCCACCGUCACACGGCCCCCGCGGCAGCAGCGCCUCGGACGAGGAGGCGCCGGGGCGCCGCGAGCCCGCCCGGCCGCUCGCGGACGAGCUGCGGCGCUCGCGCUCGCACGGCAGCCUGCUCGAGCCCUCRGACGAGCCCUUCGCGUCGCCGCCGGCCGCUGGCGCCAGGAGCUGCAGCGUGGUGGACUUCAAGUCCACCCCAGACCUGCUGCGGGACCAGCAGGAGGUGGCCCAGCCUGGCAGCAGCGAGCACACCAAGGAGCUCAUCUACGGCGUCCUCAAGGAGGGGAGCAGGGACAGCGACAUCUCCCUGAAAAGGAAAACUAACCUGCUGUUUGAGAAGAUCCAGGAGCUCUCGGGAUCGCUGCAGGCGGCGGCCAAGGACGUGACCUGCUCGCAGCCCCAGCACCGCGAGCUGGCGAGGAGGGUGGAGGAGCUGCAGGAGAAGCUCGAGGAGGAGACCAAGCUGCGCCAGAAGCUCGAGCUGGCAAAGGAUCCGGCAAGGACGGGCUCUGCACGGGCACUGGAAACAAGGCUGCAGGAGGUGCAGGACGAGAGCCAGCGGCUCCGUGCAGCCCUAGAGAAGAAAACUCASGAGCUCCAGAGCAGUUUGCAAGAGCUGACUGACAUGAAAAGAGCCAAGGAGCAGGUAGAAACCCGGCUGGAAGACUGCGAGGAGCAGCUGCUGGUGAUGCACGAAGAGCUCGACCAGCUGCGCAAGGGCUCCGGGACAUCUCCGGACAGGGAGGCCUUAUACAAGGAGCUGCUGGAGACGCGCGAGGAGCUGGAGGAGGUGCUGAGCUCCAAGCAGCGGCAGGAGGAGCACCUGCGGCUGCGGGAGCGGGAGCUCACGGCGCUCAAGGGGGCCCUCAAGGAAGAGGUGGCCAGUCACGACAAGGAGCUCGACCGCGUGCGGCAGCAGUACCAGAGCGACAUGGACCAGCUGAGACGCAGCAUGGAGGACGUGUCACAGGGUCAGGCCAACCUGGAGACGGAGAAGCAGAAAAUCAAUGCUGUGGUGAGGAACUUGCAACGGGAGCUGGAGGAGAGUGCGGAGGAAACAGGGCACUGGCGGGACAUGUUCCAGAAGAACAAGGAUGAGCUCCGCGCCACAAAGCAGGAGCUGCUGCAGGUGAAAUUGGAGCGGGAGGAGUUCGAGGAAGAGCUGCGGGAGCUUCGCGAUCGCUUCUCGGCCAUGCGGGAGGAGGUGGACCAGGUGCGGAGCAGCGCUGUGGAUGCCUCUGAGCUUGAGGCGCUCAGGAAGGAGCUGCGCCAGGCCCAGGAGAUGCAUCGGGAGCUGACAGCCAAGGAGGCGGCGCAGGACGAGCUGCUGCAGCAGCGGGAGCAGGAGCUGGCAAAGCUGAAGGGCGCCAUGCGGGAAGAGGCGUCCAGCCGCGACGAGGCGCUCGAGCAGUAUCGGAGGGACCUGCAGCAGCUCCAGAAGGAGCGCGAGGAAGCUGCAAAGACGAGGGCCUCCCUGGAGAGCGAGAGGGAGUCAGCAGAGCAGGCAAGGAAGGUGGUGGAGUCCACUCUGCGGGAGCUGCAGGAGCACAAUGACGAUCUACGGAGGAAGAUCCUCGGCCUGGAGACGCAGCUGAAGGAUUACGAGCGCUUGGGCGAGAACUGGGAGGGCUCCCAGGCCCGACUCAAGGAGAAGGUCACCAAACUGGAGACUGAGCGUAGGCAGAUGGAGGAGUCGCUGAGCGAAGCUACAGAGCGGGAGCAGGAGCUGCUGCUGGCUAAGCGCUCGCUGGAGACGCGCUUGGACGAGGCGCAGCGGAGCCUGGCCCGGCUCACACAGGAGCACCAGGAGCUCAGCGUGUCCUACCAGGACGAGCAGAGGCAGAAGGAGCAGCUGAAGCGCGCCAAGAGCGAGCUGGAGGAGCAGAAGCGCCUGCUCGAUCGGACCACGGAGAAGCUCAGCAAAGAGCUGGAGCAGAUGACGGAGCAAUCGCACAGCUCGCUGGCUGUGCUGAAGUCGCAGCUGGAGGAGUUCAAGGAGAAGUCCCGGAAGGAGAUUACAGACUCGCAGAAACAGGCUAAGGACCGGAGUGCCGAGGUGGAGAAGAUGCAGUUCAGCAUGGGCCGGCUGCAGGACGAGGUCUCCCGGCUGAAGCAGGCGCUGCAGGACAGCCAGGCAGAGCGGGAAAGCGCAAUCCUGGACAAGGAGGUGCUGGUCCAGCGGCUGCACAACCUCGAGCACGAGGUGGAUGCCAAGAAGCGCUCCCAGGACGACCGCUCGCGGCAGAUCAAGACACUGGAGGAAAAGUCCAAGCACCUCGAGGUGGAGCUGGACGAGGAGAGGACCACGGUGGAGCUGCUGACGGAGCGGGUCAGCCGCAGCAGAGACCAGCGGCCGCUGCCGCCUGCACAUGACUCCCAGCCUCGGCUUUUGUUUCCCCAGAACAAGGAGCUGAAGAGCCGCCUGGCCAGCAGCGAGGGGCUGCCCAGAGCUGCCAGCAGCGUCUCGCAGCUCGAGGCCAGGCUCGAGGAGCUCCAGGACAAGCUGCAAGCGGAGGAGAGGGAGAAGAGCGUCCUGCUCUCCUCAAACCGUAAGCUGGAGCGGAAGGUGAAGGAGCUAACGAUCCAGAUUGACGACGAGCGGCAACAUGUCAAUGACCAGAAGGACCAGCUGAGCCUCCGCGUGAAGGCUCUCAAGCGGCAGGUGGACGAGGCCGAGGAGGAGAUCGAGCGCCUGGAGGGCAUCCGCAAGAAGGCGCAGCGGGAGCUGGAAGAGCAGCACGAGCUCAACGAGCAGCUCCAGAACCGCAUCAAGGCUCUGGAGAAGGAGGCCUGGCGCAAGGCGGCCCGCGCGGCCCCCGGCUCCUCGCUGCAGGACGAGCAGCUCAGCUCGGACGAGGACUUGGACAGCGCGUACGGGCCCUCGUCCAUCGCCUCGCUGCUCACCGAGGCCAACCUGCAGACCAGCUCGUGCUAGCGGCCGCGCCGGCCGGCGCCCCGGGGGCCAGCGCUGCCCCG